AUGCCGGGCGAUCGAGCAGCGGCGACGUCGGCAAACACAUCUUUCAUCGGUCAACUACGAGAAUUUCAGUUGAAUAUCACCGAUUGGAAUAUUUACAAGGCAAGGUUGAAAAAUUAUUUCAGUGCUAAUGAUAUAACAGACUCUGAUAAGAAAAAAGCAAUCUUUCUCAACAUGCUGGACGAAGAAUCUUAUAAAAUCAUCUUCAGCAUAUGUAGUCCAGAAUUGCCUGAAGCAAAAAGUUUUGAUGCUCUGAUACAAUUAUUUGAUAGACAUUUUCAACCGAAGAAGUCAGUGUUGGCUGAACGUUUCAAAUUCUUCGCUUCAAGAAAAGAGCCGGAAGAAACAAUUCGAGAGUGGGCUGCACGCUUAAGGAGUUUGGCAGUCUCUUGCGAGUUUGAGGCUGAAUUGGACAUUUGUUUGCGAGAUCGUUUUGUCUGUGGUUUUGGAAAAGGGAUCAUUCUAGACAGACUCCUGGAAGAAGACAAAAAUAUCACAUUUGAGCAAGCGAUCACCGUAGCAGAAAACAAAAUGGCGGCAUCCCAAAGUUAUCAAAUUUCGCAAUCAGUCAAGACCGAACCAAUCAACCUCAUACGCAACCGCAGCAAUGACAGGCCACGUCAUAGGUCAGGUGACCAGAGACACGCCGCCGCAGAGAAAUCAUCAGGAAAACCAAAGCAACAUGGAUGCUCCUGUUGUUUAGGAAAAUUUAAUAAAGGAAAUAUCAAUCUAAAAUUAAAGGACACUUCAGUUACGCCAAAAUUUUUUAGAGCUCGUCCUAUUCCAUAUGCUCUACAAGAACCUGUUGAAAAUGAAAUUAAUCGUCUGCUUUCUCUAGGCAUCAUCUCUCCUGUGGAUUAUUGUAAAUGGGGAACUCCAGUAGUACCUGUGUUAAAGAAAAAUGGGUCUGUGAGGCUAUGUGGCGACUACAAGGUUACCAUUAACCCUUGUAUCGAAGUCGACCAAUACCCCCUUCCACGCAUUGAGGAUUUGUUUAGACGUCUACAAGGAGGAUCUCAGUUUUCGAAAAUGGACCUCUCUGAUGCAUAUCAACAAAUCUGCUUAGAUGAAGAAUCGAAAGAACUUACCACGAUUGUAACACAUAAGGGUUUGUUCAAAUAUAAUAGACUGACUUACGGAAUUUCCUCAGCACCUUCCAAAUUUCAAAAAUUGAUGGAAUCUUUACUAAGUGGUUUGGAAGGAGUAGUAGUAUUCCUGGAUGAUAUUUUAGUCACGGGUAAAGAUGAAAUCGAACAUUUAAGUAGAUUAAGAGAAGUUUUGAAAAUAUUAAAAAAUUCUGGUCUUAAAUUAAGUCCAUCGAAAUGUAAAUUUUUUCAAAAUAGUGUUGAAUAUUUGGGUUAUAUAAUAGAUAGAGAAGGUUUACAUACAAGUGAAUCUAAAACUUUGGCAAUUGAAAAUUUCGUUGAACCUAAGAAUGUAAGUGAGCUGAAAUCUUUUUUAGGCAUGGUUAACUACUAUGGUAAAUUCGUUAAAAACCUGUCUACUGUUCUUUAUCCCUUGCAUCAAUUACUUAAGAAAGAUGCAAAGUGGGAAUGGACAGAAAGUUGCAAAAAAUCUUUUCAAAACAUUAAAUAUCUGUUGAAAUCAACAGAAGUCUUGGUUCAUUUCGAUCCAAACUUAAAAAUUAAAUUAACUAUAGAUGCUAGUCCUCACGGUAUUGGGGCAAUAUUGAGUCAUACUUAUCCUUCCGGAGCUGAAAGACCUAUUGCUUAUGCUUCAAAGUCGUUAACCAGGGCUGAAAAAAAUUACUCUCAAAUAGAACGCGAGGGCCUUGCUAUAAUUUUUGGAGUCAUAAAAUUUCACCAAUAUUUAUACGCUAAAAGAUUUACCUUGGUAACAGAUAAUAAGCCUUUGAUGGCAAUUUUUGGAAAUAAAAAAUCCAUUCCUCAAUUUUCGGCAAACAGGCUUAGACGUUGGGCUGUCAUUCUUUCGAACUACGAUUAUGAAAUUGAAUACGUCAAAUCUACAGAAAAUAACGCAGAUGCCCUGUCUAGAAUGUUGCCUGAAACUUCAACACAAGACACUUUUCAGAAUGAUGUUGAUUUACCUUAUUGUAAUUUCUUAGCAAAAAGUGAUCGUUUUCCGGUAAAUUUUGAGGAGGUUCAGAAGGAAACACUCAAAGAUGUUGAAUUGAGUAAAAUUAAGGAUUUAAUGAUCAAGGGUUGGCCAAAGUAUGUAAAUGACCCAAGUAUCCGACCCUAUUUUUCAAGACGAUCUGAAUUUGCCAUAUCUGAUAAUUGUUUGUUUUGGAACCAUCGGAUUGUGGUUCCCACUAAAUUACGUCAAGAUUUUCUUGGGAAUUUACAUCUGAGUCAUUUGGGUAUUGUAAAAAUGAAAAGUAUUGCCAGAUCUCAUUUUUGGUGGCCUAACCUAGAUAAAGAUAUUGAACGUUUGGUUAAGAAAUGUAUUGGUUGUUCAAGUAAUUCUAACAAUCCUCCCAAAGUCCCUUUGGCAGGAUGGAAAUGGCCAACAGAAGUGUGGCAAAGACUGCAUAUUGAUUUUUUAGGGCCUAUUAAAAAUAAACAUUAUCUGAUUGUUUUGGAUGCUCAUUCUAAAUGGCUUGAAGUAUUUGAAUCUGCAUCUACGAGUACCCAGAUGACAGUUAAAUUUUUGAGACAAUCGUUUGCCAGGUUUGGUUUGCCUGAAACAAUCGUUUCCGAUAACGCUUCUUGUUUCACUUCCGCAGAUUUUCAAGAUUUUCUAAAAAAUAAUAAUAUUUCUCAUGUAACUAGUCCACCUUUUCAUCCUCAAUCGAAUGGUGCUGCGGAAAAUUCUGUUAAGACUAUUAAAAAUUGCCUCAAGAGGUCGUUUUCGGAGGGCACUCCUGUGGACACUAACACAAUUCUUUCGCGGUUUUUAUUAGAUUAUCGCACUACCAAGCACACUACUACUGGUGUGAGCCCAUCUCAACUUAUGUUUGGCAGAAAUAUAAGAACCAGAUUUGAUGCUUUACUACAUAAGUCACCCUGUAAGUCUAUAGAAAAUAGGGUAAGACAUAAUCAACAAGUACAGAAGCAAAAUUUUAAGGGUAAAAAUAAAGUUAAUUUCGAGGUGAAUGAUGUUGUCAUAGUUAAAGAUUAUAGAGAUCCAAAUUCUGUUAAUUGGAUAAAAGGCCAAAUAGUCAAGAAAGUUGGCAAAGUAACAUUUCUAGUCAAAAUUUUCACUUUGGAUAGAAUAUGGAAAAGACAUUCGAAUCAAAUUAUGAAGACAUUUAAUGACAUUAAUUAUCCAGUAAAAAAUGUAAUUAAUAAUGAAACAAUUCUUAAUUCAAGCUCAGAAACAGAUGUAAAUAGGGAUAAUGUAGAAGUAGAUCCACCUGUUGUUCAUUCAGAUAGACCAAAAAGAAUUGUUAAACCUCCAAAACGUUUCGUUCCAUGA